UUUCUUCUUGAUUUAACAAGUUGAAAAUCUGCUGAAUAAUUCAUGAAGAGUGGAAGGGCUGAAUCUUCCUGGAAUGAUAUACAGUGUACGUACUGUGGCACAGGAGAAACCGCAAAGCUUUGUAUCGGUUGCUGUCGUUUCUGCUGCUGAUUGCAAGGUGCUGCUGCUUUUGGCAUUUUCACAGCUACGGAAUCUUCAGUCGUGCUCUGGUCUGCCAACAGCCAUCUGCUCCCUAUGGCCACACCUUCGCUAGCUACAGUCUGUGGGAUCUCUUGCCACCUACCUGCCCUGGACACUGUGAACUGCGUUUUCUGGACAUUGCAGCUUGUAUGACUGAAACCUGCCUUUGAGUCCCUCAGCUGCACAUCUUCCCUUACGCUUCGUGGGGGGACACCUGUGGCAGGAUCUUCUGACCCAGACAAGGAUGGGAUUUACAGGGAGAAGUCAAAACUGAGCUGCAUUCAGCGAGAUGCCCAACGCCUCUUCCUGGAGUGCUAGCUCCCCACUGCUGCUGCUCUGGGAGGACUCCUCCGGGACCCGCAUAUUCCUGUCGCUGCUCUACGCAGUCUUAGCCAUCUCAGGGACCUUAUCCAAUGUGAUGGUCAUCUAUUUAGUCUUCUCCUUCAAGAAGCUGCAGACAACCAGCAAUGCCUUCAUCGUGAAUGGCUGCGCGGCAGACCUAAGCGUGUGCGCCCUGUGGAUGCCCCAGGAGGCUGUGCUGGGGCUGCUGCCGCCCAACUCCUCCUCCCUUCGCUCGGCAGAGUACCGGCUGCUCCGAGGGGGGCUCCUCGGCCUCGGCCUCACCGUCUCCCUGGCCUCUCACCUGCUGGUGGCCUUCAACAGGUACGUGCUCAUCACCAAGCUGCCCAGCGUGUACCAGGCCCUCUACCAGCGGAGGAACACGGGCUGCAUGAUCGGGCUCUCCUGGGCCCUCGCCCUGCUCCUGGUCCCGCUGCUGCCCGGGCUCUGGACGCCGGGCUCUGCCCAGCAGCCGCCGCCGCGGCAGACGGACGGCAGCUCUCGCUACACCGCGCUGCUCCUCGCCCUGGCCGUGCUGGGCCAGACCGCGCUGCUGCUGCACUGCUACCUCGGCAUCGUGCGGCGGGUGCGGGGCAGCGCCAAGCGGGUCAGCGUCCUCAACUUCCACCUCCUGCACCAGCUGCCCUUCCCCGCCGCCCCGCCGCCUCCCCGCCGCGCCCAGCGCCGCCUCAGCAGCGUCUCCGUCCUGCUGCUCUGCUGCGUCUUCCUGCUGGGCACCCAGCCCCUGGUGUGGGUGAGCCUCCUGGGCUUCUUCCUGCGGCCGGCGCCGCCGGCGCUGCAGGCCGCCAGCUGGCUGCUGCUCUGCUCCCUCUCGGCCCUCAACCCCCUGCUCUACACGUGGCGUAGCGAGGAGUUCCGCCGGGCGGCCCGCUCCGUCCUGCCCCGCGCCGAGGGCCCCGCCGCCGCCCCGCGCCCCGCCGCUGCCGCCGCCGGCCCCGCCGCCGCCGCCGCCGCCCCGCCCUGCCCGCAGCUGCCGCGGCGCCGGGGGACGGCGGGCAGCGCCAGCGCCGCCGCCGCGCCGCGCUGAGGGGCCGCGGGGGAGGGCGAGGGCUCC